ACGACUCGCAAUUUUGAUUGGGAGGGGGGUCGUUCUACUCAAAUGGAGAGAAAUGCUCCUCACCGUCUGGUAGUGUUUUUUCCUUUUCUUUUCGUGCUUUUCUUUUUGGGAUUUUUUGGGAUCUGUCUUUCCCUAGAUGCCCGCAUGCUGCUUUUCAUCUGAAGAUGUGUCAAGCUUGGAAAAAUGAGUCUUCAAAAAUUGGAUAACGCCUCGGUCGACAGAUUUCAUCUGUUCAUUUCCAAGAGGACGAUUGGGUCUAUCUCUCGCCCUGUGAAUGAUCCCGAUGCGUUGGUACUCGAAGCCUGGGCCCAGGGCCUGAUGGCUGGGUCUUUGAUCAUCAUGGCGGCGAUAACGAUCGCAAAUAUGCGGGCUGGUGUUCUUCUCCAUAGGCUGAUUUUACUAGAGCUGGUCCUUGCGAUGGCUCAUGGAACAUUCAUUUUCGUCCCGGAGCCGGCCUACGGCUGGUAUCUGGCUGCAACGGCGGUCGGCCUGAUUCUGUCCUGGAGCCUGCACAAUUUGAUCGCAUGGAUUAAAAACAAGCCUUUCAUGAGUAGGCCAGUGUCCUUGUUCUAUAUAGGAACAAUCAUCCUAGUUCAGCCAUACUGGGCUUUGGAGAUGUACGCGAAUUUUGCCUACUUUAAUGACAUCAAUCAAUUAUACGACAAGAUUCGCCCAUUAGAGGCUCUCUUUCGGGAUCCUUGGUGGAUAUACACAACGUGCAAUUUUGUGUGGGUAAUCAAGACGCACUAUAAUCUUAGCAUAAUCGGACUCGUUCGUGAAUGCCCCCGGUUCGGGUUAAUGUUGGGAUCGAUGUGUCUAUCAAUUAUUUUCCUUGUCCUAGACAUCCUCAGCGUUACUGGUGUUUUACGUGGAAAUAUGCCGCUCGGUAUUAAUCCUUUCUGGAAGCUAUGUUUUAUAUUCAAGUGCCUCUGCGACACUCUCAUCCUGGAUGAUUUCAAAACCGCACUGGACGGAUUACGAGACAGAUUGUUUCCACAAAACGUACUUGCCGAAGUUCAACCCUAUGAAUGCCACGAUCUUCCUUCUGCCUCGAUAGACGCCUCCGAUGGUGGCAGAAAGCACAUUCGAUCAUCCAAGGGUUCAAUCAGUAUAGAACAUUUGGAGUCACAAAUUCCCAAGACCCCGUAGCAGGUAUAUUGUUACUUUUUAUUGAAUUUGAGUAUAUACUUUAAUAUUAAGAAAAUAUAUAUAUACACGAACAGAUGCAGAUAUACUUUCACUGAACCGUGCGGUCCUCUUCCAACUUGAACUAGUAUGUAU